AUGUGCUCGUCCGGAUGCUUUCGUCUUAUUUUAUUUGUGACCUUCUUUGUAUACAGGCUUGCUACCCUUCCUGCGUCCGUUCCUCUUGUUUGUUUGCUUGUGUGUGUGUGUGUGUGUGUGUGUGUGUGUGUGUGUGUGUGUGUGUGUGUGUGUGUGUGUGUGUGUGUGUGUGUGUGUGCCUACAAAGGGAAGCAAAAGGACAAUCAGAUGUCGUGGCGACUAUUCCUUGCGCGCACCGUCACACUACCGACAUCACGGUUCACACAUGGAAUGUCGAAGCUGCGGUCUUCCCUACCGUUGAAACUGUCUCAAUGUGGGAUUUCCUUCGAUGGAAGUGGUGUGGGCAAAGGUGGUGUGACGAGUGCUGAUGGGGACAUCAGAGAUAGUGGGGUUAGUGGCACCAGCAGCAGUGGUGAUGUGGCGUCCGCGACCGCGGCUGCGCCUUCGGGUGAAGGUUGGUGCUACGAGGAGGUAGACCCUACCACUGGUCGUACCCCACUCGAUAUUUUGUAUGAUCAGCGUCUGCAGCGCAUAAAAGCUGUCUUCGACUCGCCAUUGCCACCACUCCCAUGUGAUGGUAGUGUCAACCCGGACCUUCUUGUUGGAUUUUCUCAUUACGACUACCGGCUUAGGGAUCAGUACCGUGGCGUGGUUGCGCAGGGAUUGCAGGUCCCCGUCGCUGCCGUCCGCCUAUCGGUCGCGUGGAGCGGUCGGUUCGACGUGUCGCGGUUCAACCGUGUUCAAAAAGUGUGCGGUGUGUGCGUGGACAUUAAAUCUCUCACCACUUCGGGUACUGCAGCCUCUGGGCAGUACCGUGUGGGUGAUGAGCUAUGUGGAAAGGUUGAGGAAAGGGGAGAGAAUGAGGUGAGAGGUGAGCUGCAGCACCGGAUUGCACGCUUCGUUCGUUCGGUUAAUGAGCGACAGAGUGAGACGCUUCUUCGUUUCCAGAUUACACAGGCGUCGGAAGCGGUGCCUGACGUUGACUUCGUUGCGGCUGAGCGUGAGCUCGUGGCUGUAGAGUGUGUGCAACGUUGGUUCCGGGAAUGCAUUUUGAAGCCACACCUCGCGGUCGUGAUUUACGGUAGGAAUUACAACUUGAGUCAGGGGAGUUAUGAAAGAGGUGGCAGUAGGAGUAACAAUGGGAAUGAAGCCGAGUGCGAUAUAUAUGGGCGUGGCCCCCCUGGACAGUUUCGGUGCGAGGAGGACGUAGAGCGGCAGCGUGCUUUCAUAGAGAGAAAGUGGUUAAAGGCGUUUGCUCAUCGACGAAUCGUGCCUUAUGUGUUGUCAGUCGACGACCUCACAAGUAUGAUGUGCACUGCCGUGCAAAAUGGUGAGGUGGAGAGCGGUCUUGCGGUUCUACAGGGUAGGGCGGCAGGGUGUGAUAACUCUAGUAAUGAGGGUCACUCUUCUUGCUCUUGCGCAGAUCGCAGUGAUGCCGUGACCGACACGGGCGAAUGCAGUGCAAAGGAUGGUUCACGACCUCCUCUCAAAUUACCGUUGGACGAUUUUCAUUCAUGGCAGAGGCUUCUACGCAAGGCCGUAUUCCGCCGGCAUGAGGAGCACGCUGUGUUUCCGGUAUUCUUUGUACAUGGCGAAUGGGCGGGCGGUGUGGAGGAGAUGCGUUACUUGCUGCAGAAUAGGGAGGCUGUGGAUGCGUUGCUACUGCAUCCCAACGAUAUAGUUUUUAAGAAGAAGUUCAUGAGUCGCUUACAAAAGUCACAUUCGCGACUGCGGAUGGCAGAGGAGAUAUCUGAUUGA